AUGGCAGAUGGUUCGCUGGCAGCGCUGGAAGAGCGGGUGCAGAGGCUCUCGGAAGAGGUCCGAGGGAAGCGAAUGACCAAGCUGGCAGCCGAGGACGAGGGGACCAAGAUCCUACAAGCGGCCGACAACUUACAGCUGGCGGGCGAAGAGCGUGCACGUCGACGUUGGUUGGUUCAGACGGUGAAUGCUCUUUUGGACGCGGUGCCCGAUGCUUCCAGCCCGUCUGGAAGCCCCGGAGGAAGCUCUCCACCCCUGCUGGAAUUGACGGAUGGGCGUACGGGCACACCGGUGGACGACCUGCUGUGCGCCGGGGAGCAGCUGCUGGCAGAAGUGGCCUGGCUUUGCAAACUCACUGAGCAGGCGAUUGCGAACAACGAGGACGCCUAUCUCGUCUCCAUCCUCCCGAAGAUGGCGCAGCUCGAGGAGAUCCAGCUGAUGCGCAUGCUGGGCAGGUGGGCGGCGCGCUCCCUUCCGGUGCCCAGCGAGCUACAACCGCAUUUGCAGCGCUGUGUGCAGAUGGUGCAGAGGAUCCAAGACCUGGAGGUGAAGCUCCAGCUGAUCUUGGAAGCGCUGGACCGCCCUCACCAUUCGGAGGCCUUCGUGCAGAAGGCCUGUGGUGUCUACCUGCAGCUCUUGGAAUACCUCGAGAAUCCCACCAGCGGCCAAGUGGAGCAGCUGACGAAGCAGCUGGUGAGUGAACGGAAGGAGGUGAAGAGCGAUAUCGCCUUCGUGAAAGAUCGCUUGACAUCACUGAGAAAGAGGCAUCGGAUCCUGCGCUGCCUGGCGCCCAGCCGGACGGCGGUGGCCGCCAUGACGGCCAAGGAGCUGCGGCUCUGCUUGCAGAUCCACGAGCUGCCAGACCGAGGCUUCCGAGAGCGGCAGGACAUCAUCGACGAAUUGGAGAAAGAGGGAAUCCUUCAACCAGAGUGA